AUGGAUGUUCAACUAUAUGUCUACGACCUCAGUCAGGGCCUUGCAAGAAUGAUGUCGCAAGGUCUUCUGGGUGUCCACAUCGAUGCUGUCUAUCACACCUCGUUAGUCUUCGGAGGAGUUGAGUAUAUGUACGGCCAGGGUGUUCAGACAUGCUAUCCGGGUUCAACGCAUCAUGGUCAACCCAUGGAGAAGAUCAAGCUCGGCAAGACAGAAAUCCCCUUGGAUGAUAUCCUGGAGUAUCUGGACUCGUUGAAGGAGACUUAUACCGCCGAAUCCUACGAUUUGUUCAAACACAACUGCAACAACUUCUCCAACGAUUUCGCCAUGUUCCUCGUCGGCAAAGGGAUUCCGGAUCACAUUACUGCUCUACCCGAAACAGUACUCAACACUCCCUUCGGAGCCAUGAUGAAAACAAGACUCGACGCAGAGAUGCGUCACAUCACACAGGCUGCUAUACCUCCGGAGAACAACCCCAUGAUCCAGCGUCAACUUCGCGAUGGCGCUGCUGCGAAGGCUGACGGUGUACACGGCUCUGUCUACAACGUGACCCAGGUUAAUUCGGUCGAUAACCUUCUCUCCGGCGCAAAGGACAAAUGCGCUGUCAUCUUUUUCACGUCAAGUACGUGCGGACCUUGCAAGAUGGCAUAUCCCACAUAUGACUCUCUCGCAGCUGAGCACACCAAGAUUCCAUUUAUCAAGAUUGAUAUCAACGAGGCUCAUGCACUUGCGUCAAAGUAUCAAAUUCGUGCAACACCUACAUUCAUGACUUUCUUGCAUGGUAAGAAGGACAAUGAGUGGACGGGUGCAAAUCCUGCGCAGCUCAAAUCGACUGUCGAGUCUCUUAUUCAGCAAGCUUUCCCUCCCCAUCCUCAUCUCCAGGUUCGUAUGCCUACUCUGCAGCACGGAAGACUCGGUCCCAUUACAUACUCGAAGAUUCCACCACUGGACAAAGUUCUGGCCAAGAUGGGAGACCAGUCGAAGGACAAGGCUGUGGUUGCUAUGAAGAAUUUCAUCUCUGCUCGCACUUCCAGUGCUUCAGAUCUUCCGGCUCUGCCAGAUCUUCCUGCUUUCGCACGCUGGCUCCGCCAUUCGCCUAGCCAGCUAUCACCAGAUACGCUGUUCACAGCUUACGAUGUACUGCGUUGUGCCCUUGUCGAUCAACGGGUCAGCGGAUGGUUCACCGAAGAGUCUGCUCCUGGAGACUCGGAGACACUCACAUUUUUGAUCAAGCACGUCUUGACUCUUGUGGACGAUGACACGUGCCCUUACAGCCUGAGGCUUGUCACCAUUCAAUUGGCAUGUAAUCUGUUCACGUCGGACUUGUUCGUCAAGUCAGCGUUCAGUAGCAAUCACCACAGUGGGCUGCCGGCAAUGCUCGUACAAGUGGCAACCACGAGCUUGCUCGCUGAGCCCGAUAAGCCGGCAGUUCGUGCUGCUGCUUCUUCGCUUGCUUUCAACAUUGCUGCAACUGUUUACCGUACUAGAAGAGAAGAGAACCGUGAAGCGCUGCAGGAGUCUUCACAGGUAGAGCUGGCUGCUAGCUUGUUAGAGAUGAUGACCACGGAACUCGAGAGCAGAGAGGAGAAGAAGGAUGCCUCUGGAACGGACAUGCUCAAGACAGCAAUCUUCGCUUUUGCUUACUUGAUCUACUGCGCACCUCAAGGUGGAGAGUUGCAUGAUCUUUGCAGUGCUCUGGACGCUAAGGCUUCGAUUCUGAAGAUGAAAAGUAUCAAGGACUUGGACAAGGUUGCAAGUGAGGUUGGCGAACAGCUGUUGGGAAAGAACUGGUGA